CUUGUGCCCUGGGCAUGUUUGGACUUGUAGCAGCUUCGCCCUGCGCCGACGGGAGUCACGGCCACAGCAACCAGUAGAAAGAGAAAUCGUGAGAGAGACCGAGGGAGAGAGAGUGAGACCCAGCAUCAGCUGAGGGAGGAGCAGCGGCGACGGCAGCGGCGGCAGAGUCAUCCACCUGUCACAGAGUGGAAGGGGGCCCCCCCGCCUGAUCAGUCUGCCUGCAGGGGGGAUCCCGCUCAGCCGGGCAGCAUCAGGGACUAUGCAGCUGGGACUGGUGUCUCUGGCGAUUGUCUUUCUCGGCUCCAUGGGUCACAGCGACAGCGGCCUCAAGCUCUCCAAGGCGAGGAGGCAAAGACGGAUUAGCACUGAGGGGCCGCUAUCUUGCUCGAAUGGCUGUGAACGAUGUUCAGAUGACAAUGGGUGUCUGAAAUGUAAGCCAAAGCUCUUCAUUCUCCUGGAGCGUAAUGACAUCCGUCAGAUAGGAGUGUGCUUCGCUUCGUGCCCACAAGGAUACUUUGGCAUGCGCAAUCCCGAUACCAACAGAUGUAUCCAAUGUAAAAUAGAGAAUUGUGAGGCGUGUUUCAAUCGAAAUUUUUGCACAAAAUGUAAGGAGGGCUUCUAUUCACACAGAGGGCGAUGUUACAUCAGCUGCCCCGAGGGCCUCAGCACCACCAACGGGACAAUGGAGUGUGUAGAAUGUGAAAUGGGUGAAUGGAGCCUGUGGGGUCCCUGUACAAAGAAAAACAAAACGUGUGGCUUUAAGAAAGGCACACAGACCAGAGUGCAAGAGCCUCUUCAGGCCCCCAGCCCUGACACGUUCUCUGGGUCCUCCCCACGGCCCUGUGCUGCACAGACGGAGAGACAAAAGUGCACAGUUCAGAAGACACCUUGUGGAAAAGCAGACAGGAAGAAUAAGGGCGAGCGACGGGACCAGCAGAGGCGGCGAGACAGAGAAAACGGUCAUGGCCAUAGCCACGAGGGUAAAGAGGCGGGCAGAGAGGGGAGCAGAGAAGUCGGCAGAGAAGGGGGCAAAGGCAGGAGGAAAAAAGGUCAAAGCCAGGCCACCACCACACCUAACCUUACCCCUACUACUGUCACCUAGGCCUUACUUACAUGGGGACUUGGUGUGGCCCAGGGGGGACAAAAACAAGGAUACACCCACCUGCUUUAACGCUUAUUAAGAGACAGAGGAGAGGGGAGACCUUACCAAACUGAUGAAAAAGAUGAAUGCUGCUAUGCAUUGUAGAAGAUGCCCCAAGAGAACUGGAGGAUUGCUGCAAUAAGACAAACACGACUUGAUAAUCCGAGGGAAAAGAGGGUCUGGAAGGGAGUGACAUUUCUGAAUGGCGUUUUGUUGGUUGGAGGCACAGUACUUUAAUAAUUACGAAUGCACUCUGUGCCUUGCAGUGGGGUCAACAUUUAAUUUCACCCCUAUUGGACUAAUCAUGGACUUUAUAGAUGGAGAUCCCAGUGAACAGUAGAUUAAACCAUAUUUGAGAGUUUCAGUAUGGAUACUUCAGAGAUCAACGAUGUCUUUAGUCUAUUAAUCCAUUAAUUGCUUUUUUAAAUGUAAUUCUAAUCACAAGCUCUUCAGUUUUUCCUCAUAAAACCCAUACAAAAAAACAUGAUUUGUUCACACAAUUUAAUCAAUAGAAUGAUUCUGUGAAGAAAGGAUUGUUGAAAUUUCAUCCAGAAAUCCCAGCUGUUCUGGGUAAAUAUUAGCAAACAUAAAAAAAAUGUAUGGUUGUUGGUCAGCUUAGAGUCAAAAUAUGAUAGAAAUCCACCCAGAUAAAUAAAUCCAAAAUGUAUCAGUAAAUAAUUUGAUUAUUUAUAAAAUUAUUCAUUCAUUUGAAAUAAAUGUGAUUAUUUGUUUAUAAUGCAUUUGGUACUUUGUGCCCCCUUCCUUUGCCGUGUUAACACUGACUGAGCCUUUUCCUUAAAUGUUUUGAUGGUGACACACAACAUCACAUUUCCAUCUCCUUACUUUCCAACAUGGAUUUGGUUAAUUUGUGCAUGACUAUUCCUCUUUUUACGUCAAAACCACCUCUGGUGCUUGUGGCAAAAAUCUCUAUUAUUGUCUCAUGAAUCUGGUUCCAAUCAAAGCUACAGUGGUGUUUAGAAAAAUGUAGCCGCUGAUGUUUAUGUAUUGAUGAGAGUAGAGGCUUUCUUCUGGCAAUACAUCCAAAUGGCUCUAAUUUUAGUUUUGGCAACUUGGUAACUCCAAGAUUCAACCACCUUCUGAAAUCUAAACGAUGAUCCAUGUCGAUUUUUGACCUCUCAAAUCAUCCUUCUUAAUGUUCGUCAGGGCAAGAUACACUUACAUUAUCUUCCAUGCAGGUUAAUCAAAGCUCCAGUUGAUUUAAAUUCUUAAUUAUUGCUUUUUUGUUUGGUUUACAGCCAUUGCCUGAUUUAUAAAAUUCAACAACAAUUUAUGCAAUUUCAUGUGUGUGUUCUCUGACCUUUUACAUGGACUAUUAAAGGUGGUCUGGAUUAGGCCAAAGUGUCAGAAAUAUAAUAACAAUUAGUUUUAAAUUAGGCUUUAAAGAUGCACUCCAUGAUUGUUGGCAACUGGUAGUGAAAGUGGAGGCCUCAAGUAUUUUAUUUGCUGAUAUUUGCCCAAUGUCACCAAAAACAUUAACUUUCAAACAUAAAAUGUCAUGGCAAACUGAGGUAUAAUAACGAUUCAACUUACAUAUUAUGCGCAUAAAAACAACUUAUUACACAUCCAGCCAAAAUGGAGGAUUUAAAAACUGGCGUGUUUUUGCAGAAGUCCCGGACCACAAUUGUACAAUACAUAUUAUAAAUAAAUGUCAACAAUCCUUCCAUCAAUGGACCAUUCAAUGAAUUCGGUAGUGUAGAAAAACAACAAAUCAUGAUGUUGUUUUUUGGGUUUUGUGAGGAUUGAACUCUUUUAAUUUUGACUUGCCUCAUGUUUUGUGAACCGUGGCAAGAUAUUUCAAAGUAGUGGUUGUUGUAAGUGAUGUAGGGAAUAUUAAUAGUAUUACCAUUCUUUAUAUUUUAUUGCUAUUUGAUAAUGAAAGGCACUGGAACUAAAUAGUGGUUGGAUGGAAAGCUAUUUGAAUCAAUAUCUUGUUUGUAGAGAAUCUACCCCAAAACAACCAAGCAACAAUCAUGGCAAAAACUUCAAAGGGAUUAGUCAGAAUCCUGUUCUGGUGUUAGUUAAACUUCACUCAUGUAAUAGUUAAAUUCUUCUUAAAUUAUGCUUUGGUGUCUUCUCCACUAAAGGUUAGGUUUCAAAAAAUAUAUUUCUUGUGGUUGUAAGUGGUCUUUUUAGGAUUUCUCAAUUUAAAAAAAUCUCUGAGCUAAAAUGUUUUUAGUUUAAAACAAUUAUGACAUUUUGCAUGGCACUUUGACCUGAACGUGUGUUAACGAGUGAAAACGUUUGAUGGCAUUUGGCUUGAUAUACACUUAUCAGGCAGAAAAUGAGCAGUGAUUGUUAAAAUUGCACACCCUUCUUUGUACUAUUUUGACCAGUUAGAUUUAUGCAAUAAUAAUGCUAGGUUUUACUGUUUAAUUCAGAAGUAGUACAGCGAUUUGACCAACAUGAAAGACACCUCAUAAUAUGCAGGCAACUUUUCAAUUAGCUAAAACAUUGUGAUGACACAAUCACUGAAUCCUGAAGAGACUGUAUGUGUGUGUCUGUGCGUGUGUAUAUGUUUACAAAAGUAUUUUGCUAAGUAAUGAUCACAUAUAUUUGUGUGGAAGAGUUUGUGGGUGUAUUUUUAUUUGUUCCUGCCCGUAAAACCCUAUGUAUGUAUGUAUGUGUGUAUCAAUCUGGUAAAAUGAGACAUUUCAUGUAUAGAUAACAAAAGAGACCAUUAUAAGGGCACAGUUAUGUAUCAAAUGCGUCAAUAAUUCAAUAAUCCUACGCCUCUGGUUAUAUGUAAACCAUCUGCAGCAGGUCAUAUAUGUCUGCAACAGGGUCCGACUUCUUGCUCAGCCUCUGUGUCCUAUGCUAACUCUGUCAGUGGGAAGAAACGUUGCAUUAUACAUCUACUGCAAAUCCUCACAUUGUGAUAUAAUAUGACAUAGCUUUUGUACCAUUUGACACUAAUCUUUGAGCAAUCAUUGUCACAUGUUUUGUUUAGCUUUCCCGGGUCUAUUUGCUUCCAACAAAAUAUUUGCUUAAUUCAAAGGUAUAUGUUACAUUCAUAUUGUGGUUUGUGGUACUGAAAAUGUCGACAUCAGUUUCAUUGAUCAUAACUAUUACUAUCAUGACGAUAUAUCUUACUGUGAAUGUUUCAAUAAAAUUCUAAUGCAGUAAACAUA